AUGUACCAGUUCUCCCGUGGUGGCCGCCGGCCGAUUGUCCAGCGCUUCGACGAAUACUACCGAUGCUAUCCUAUGGUCUUCGCCCCCGGGCCCGAGCGACCUGACCUCAACUAUGGAUCCAAGAUCUUUCUCCCGCCAUCUGCUCUCGACAAGGUUUCCAAACUCCACGUACAGUGGCCCCUGAUCAUGGAGAUUAUAAACGGGGAAAAGGGCAAGCACUCGCACGCCGGUGUGCUGGAGUUUGUGGCCGAGGAGGGCAAGGCGUACCUGCCCCAAUGGCUGCAGAUGAUGCAAACACUGGGCCUCGAUGUUGGCGAUCUCAUACAAAUCAAGACGACCUCUCUGGAGCUUGCGAGGCAUGUUAAGCUCCAGCCUCAGUCGGUCAAUUUUCUCGAUAUCAGCGAUCCCAAGGCCGUGCUGGAGAAGGCGUUUAGGAAUUUCGCCACUCUCACCAAGGGUGAUGUGUUCAACUUUUCGUACAAUGACGAAGUCUACGAUGUUGCUGUUCUCGAGGUCAAGCCCGAGACGGAUAAGAUGGGUGUCAGCAUGAUUGAGACGGAUGUCGAGGUUGACUUUGCGCCGCCCGUCGGCUACGUCGAGCCCGAGCGCCAGCCCCGCGGUAGCGGCACCAGCACCCCUCGCAGUGUACGUGGCGGUCUGCCCGCCGGCGGCCUCCUGCACAGCCAGGGCACCAUGGCUCAGGCCAUCAACUACGGUGCCAUCGCACCGUCUGUCACAGCCAACAUUUCCAACUUUUAUGGUGAAGGCCAGCGACUGAAGCCUGGCAAGGCCAGCAAGACGUCCACACCCCAGUCGGCCACCCCCAUUGGCGGUGUAUCAGCUAACCCGGUCCCUACUGGUCCCUUGCCUCGUCGAACGGCUGGACCAGCGCCUCUCCGUCUCCCGCCCAACAAGCUCUUCUUUGGCUAUGAGAUCAAACCGGUCAAAACAGAUGCUGAUAAGGAGCGCGAGAAGGAAAAUGCCAACCGACCCCACUUCGCAGGCCAGGGACAGACGUUGCGUGGAGGCGCCGUGAAGCGUAAGGGCGACGCGGACGAAAAGCCCAAUGUUGAGAAGAAGGGACCCAGCGAAGGACGCAGGUUGGACGGUCGUGAUGGCAAGUAA